GGAAGAACGGCUCCUGGUGCUGGGCUGGAUUCCUGCGGAUAGAGACGGUUUUGGCCGUUGGACCUUGCGAGGGCUCAGGCGACGUCCAGGCUCCGGAGGCUGCGGCUGGGUGAAAUUUUUUAUUUAGCAGUUAGAAAUGGAGUCGGCAUAUCUUCAAAAGACUCUUGGGACAUGUCUAACUCAGGGUCUUGCAGAAGUGGCAAGGAUGCGCCCAGUGGAUCCAAUAGAAUAUUUAGCGUUGUGGAUUUACAAGUAUAAGAAAAAUGUGACCAUGGAGCAACAGAGACAAGAGGAAAUGGUCCAGUUGGAGCAUGAAAGAGAAUUAGCUCUGAUGGAGCAGGAAGUGAUGGAGAGACUUAAAGCAGAGGAGCUCCUGUUUCAGCAGCAACAGCUGGCGUUCCAGCUGGAGAUGGAAAUGCAAGAAAAAGAGAGACAGAGAAUAGAGGAACUGCAGAGAGCUCAAGAACAAUUUGAGAAGGAGUUGAGAAUGAGCAUGGAAAAUAUGGCUAAGGGUGAAGAUGCUUCCCAUGGAGAGGAUGGAGCCAACUCAGCCAAAACACUGGCUGAAAUCAGUGAUCGAUAUGGGGCGCCGAACUUGAGUAGAGUGGAAGAACUCGAUGAACCAAUGCUAUCUGACGUAAGUAUGCUUAGGAAAGUGUUUUGUGAAAAGCAGAUUAUUUUUUUGUUUUACUUUGGGAAAGCCUAG